GACAAAUCAAAGUAAUUUGUGAUUUGUUCUUUUUAAAAAGUUUUUUAAAAUUGUCUUUUUUGUAAAUAGUCAUAAAAUACCUAAGUAGUAAAUUCAGCAAUAAAUGCACCACAACCAUCCUUUUGAAAAAAUUGUUACUGUGGCAAAGGUAGUGGGAUGCUAGAUAUGGCUGUGAUUUUUAGUUUAGCAGAAAAGUCAGAAUAUCCAUUAAUCCUUUGCAGUUGUUUGUGGAGCUUUUUUAAAAGUGUCAUUAAACUUUUUUCACCUCUGUGCAUUGUCUGUUCUUAACUGAUUUGGAUGACUGUCUUCAGUUUCUCAGAAAAUUAAAUGUCGUCAGAAGACCGAGAAGCUCAGGAAGAGGAAUUGCUGGCCCUGGCGAAUAUUUAUGAUGGAGAUGAAUUUAGAAAAGCAGAGUCUGUCGAAGGUGGAGAAAUCAGGAUCCAUUUGGAUCUGCCACAAAAUUUCAAGAUAUUUGUAAGCGGCAAUUCAAAUGAGUAUCUCCGGAAUAGUGGCUUCGAAUACGCCAUUUGCUUUCUGCCUCCACUUGUGCUGAACUUCGAACUGCCACCAGAUUAUCCAUCCACCUCCCCACCUUCAUUCACACUUAGUGGCAAAUGGCUGUCACCAACUCAGCUAUCUGCUCUGUGCAGGCACUUAGACCGCCUGUGGGAAGAGCACCGUGGCAGUGUGGUCUUGUUUGCCUGGAUGCAGUUUCUUAAGGAAGAGACUCUAGCGUACCUGAAUAUUGUCUCUCCUUUUGAGCUCAAGAUGGGUUCUCAGAAAAAAGUACAGAGAAACACAGCUCAAGCCUCUCCCACCACAGAGCUAGAUUUUGGAGGAGCUGCUGGAUCUGAUGUAGAUGAAGAGGAGGUUGUGGACGAGAGAGCUGUGCAGGAUGUGGCAUCAUUGUCAAGUCUGAUCCGGGAAAUCUUGGACUUUGAUCAAGCUCAGCAGAUAAAAUCCUUUAAUGGUAAAUCGUUCCUGUGCAAUAUCUGUUUCUGUGAGAAGCUGGGUAGUGAAUGCAUGUACUUCAUGGAGUGCAGGCACGUGUACUGCAAAGCCUGUCUGAAGGACUACUUUGAAAUCCAGAUCAGAGAUGGCCAGGUUCAAUGCCUCGACUGCCCGGAACCAAAGUGCCCUUCAGUGGCCACUCCUGGUCAGGUCAAAGAGCUAGUGGAAGCAGAGUUAUUUGCUCGUUAUGACCGUCUUCUCCUCCAGUCUACCUUGGACCAGAUGGCAGAUGUGGUGUGCUGCCCCCGCCUGUGUUGCCAGCUGCCUGUGAUCCAAGAGCCUGGCUACACCAUGGGCAUCUGCUCAAGCUGCAAUUUUGCCUUCUGUACCUUGUGCAGAUUGACCUACCACGGGGUCUCUCCAUGUAAGGGGACUGCAGAUGAUGACCCUGACGCAGAUGAGGUCAAUAAACGACUUUCGGCAUCGAAGUAUCGUCGGAGGAGGAUUAGGAAGGAAGAGAUGAAAAGUAAGGAGUGGCUAGAAAAUAACUCUAAGAGCUGCCCGUGCUGUGGGACUCCCAUACAGGUUGUAAUUUCCUGUGAAUGUUAAUAGAAGACUAGUUUCCUCGUUCUGCUCAAGAUAUGGAGAUGGAAUGGUUUACCCUAGUCUUUCAUCUGGUGCACAAAGCAACCUUGCAGGAUAUAUAGGGUGCCAUUCAUUCACUCUUCCUGUGUAGAAGAUGUGGAAGAACAAGGUUUAUAUUUUCAUGUAGUUCUACUGAUUAAGACACAUUCAUACAUUUUUUCACUGUAACAUAAAUUGAGAAAAAUUAUAAGCCAAAGGUUCUGAAAAUGAAAACUACAGAAUAUUAAAUAUUAUAAUGUUGUCAAAGCUCUGAAUAAUUCAAAA